AUGCGCCAAGCUUCAUAUAUCUUUAAACUCGAACUCCUGGAACAAGAACUCAGAUCUAUCAAAGAAGUUGUUCAUCCCAAGAACAAUGUGGAACCUGCAUCCGUUUCUCAGAGCCACACUGCCGUGUUUCAUACACCAACACCCUCAGCCAACAAUACCGUCUUUCCGCUGUCAAACCAUCUGCAAAGCUCUCAACAGCCCGAGUCUUUUACACCAUCGGCACCGUUGCUUCACAAGACGGAACCAACAAAAUCUCGUGUAAUAAACGGGCAAGUGGUGUCUGGUCAGGACAUUGACUGGUAUUUCGAGAAAUACUUACAAUGUUUUCAUCCAUAUCUGCCCAUCUUGAGAAAGAAAGACCCGGAUCAAUGUUUCGAAGCGUCGCCAACUCUUUUCUGGACAGUCAUAUUCACUGCUUGUCGUAGAUACGCCAAGAGUGGGCAAAUCGUAACAUCAUUACUCGACACUCUCAACCGCGAUGUCUGGGGCCUGCUUCGAGCUGUCGCAUUAGACAUGGAAACGAUCCAUGUCCUAUUGAUUAUUUGCAGCUGGCCAUUUCCGACCAUUAGAUUUGUCACGGAUCCAUCGCCGACAUUUGUUAGCAGCGCUCUCAACGCGUGCAUGCUCCUGGGACUACAUACUGGCCGAGGAUCUCACCCUAGUUUCUUGAUCGGCGGACGCCAGCACAUGACGUGUACAGACUACGAAGCGUCAAUAACUUGGAUGUUCUGUUGUAUCUUGGCACAGAGAACUGCUGUGGGCAACGGGCACCCGCCACCAUUCCUCCAGCACAACGACACUCGAUGCAGGAAUACCGUCAAAGACACUCUCGCGCCAGAACUUAUGACUCUUUUUGAGCUCCAGAAAUUUUCAAAUCGACUACAUACAGCUAUGACGGCACAGAUACUAUCAAAUGAUGGUGUUCCCGAAACAGUCGUCAAGACGUGGGAAGAUGAGUUUGAGCUUCUAAGACCACUUGUCACCCAUGUUGAUACAGACUGUUCCCGACUUAUAAUCCUCACUGCCCAACUCGAAGUGCAGGCCUACUAUUUCGUCUCACUUCCCGAUCAACGUCCCAACUUCACCAUUAAUACCCUCCGUGCCUAUAACACAUCACAAAAUCUCAUAAACACAGCCCUCACUCUCGAGUCAACAUCCCGACUUUUGACUCACAGUACCCACUGGAUCUACCGCGCUGUCAUGGACGCCUGCUGUAUCCUCAUGUCCACGCUACACUCCAAAGCCGCCCCACCACAUAUCUCAGCUUCAGACGCUGAUGCAGUUGUGGCGCAGAUUUUGACUGUACUUAGAACCUGCUCAGUGCGUGAUAACGACCUUCCAGUACGUGGGUCAGUUGUCCUUGAGACUUUCUGGUCGGUGAGGCACAUACUGCCCAGGUGGGAUAUACCUGUUGGUGCAUGGUCGGAUCGCAUUGGAGCUGCAACAUCGUACUGGUGUCUCGCACAGUUUAAACAGGCCUUACAAGAAGCCAAGAAUAGCACAGACAGUGUGCAAAAAGGCAUCGACGUCUACGAAGCCAAUAUUUCGAAUGCCGACAAAAGCAAUGGUGAUGGUGUCGUCACUAAUCCAGAUAUCAAUCAGGGCCAGGACCAGACUAUAGAUAACUCUAUUGAUCCCCUUCAAGGAGUCGACUGGUCCAUGAUCAUUGAUGAUUUUGGGUGGAUCGGAGAAGGCCCUGUCUUCCUAGGCCCAGCAUGA